AUGCACGGGGAGUUAGAGGAGGAGGAGGAGGAGGAGGAGGAGGAGGAGGAGGAGUCUAGAAGAAAGGUAGAGGCUGGUAUGCCAAAGCCAGAUAGCGAAGAUAAAAUAAAGCAAGACAUGGCCAAUAGGAUCCUCAGUUCCGUUUUUAUGGGCAGUUUGGCCCCAGUGAGAUUACUGAUAAGUAAAAAGAAAUAGCCAAUGAGUACACUAAAAGUUUACACUUAAUCGGGUGAGAGUCGACAGGAUUAACGGUCCCAGUGACAUAAACCAAUACUAUUGGAGAAUUGACGUGAGGAAAUUGCGGGUUCCAGCCAAUAGGAACUUCGACCGCUGUAAGUGGCAAUUCUCUGGCUAUCUUAUUCAGAUUGGAAAAGUUUAGAGAUCCGGGAAGAUUUUUAGAAGAAGAAAAUUGGCUCUCCGGAACAGGUUUAUUUAACUGCUGACGUUUCAAAGAACUGGGUCGGCUUUUCAUUGUCAAAGCGUAAACUGCACCUAAUCGAUCAGAAAGUUAGAUAGAUAGAUAGAUAGAUAGGUAGAUAGAUAGAUAAUUUUUAUUAAAGACCCGUCGGGGUCCCAUCAAAGCAAGUUAAAAUAAAUUAAAAUAAUAACUUAAAGUGGCAAGCUGUGUUGGCCGGCCUCAUGCUGAUCGAUUUUUCUCUCUCCUCACGCUGCGUCGGCCUCUCAGGAAAUGGUUGACGGGCGUUUUUGCCUGUGCGCUUUAUGAGUCACCACUCCGUCGAGGGGAGCUGAUUGGACUUUAGUCGGGCGGUCGGUCUGGCGGUUCCUGUUCUUCCUCACCGAGUAAGCUCAGCGUCGGGCUAUCUCCGUGCUGUCUUCUUAAGUCCGGUGUGGUUGUUUGGUCCUGAGCUCUACGGUUGUGAUGACGUAGGACUUUGUAAGCUGCAGGAAGGUCCAGAUGCCUGUUGAUAGAGUGGGCAUCGGAGAACCACGCCUCGAGAGUUAGCCGUUCUAUUUUUGUGUUGCCUCGGCCUAAGAUGGUUGCCCUCUGGAGGUCAAAAGUAUGCCCCGUUUCCCCAACGUGUGUUGCUAGUUGGGAGUUAGGGUCUAACCUCCGAGUGGCCGAUUUGUGCUCUUGUAGGCGAGUUUGCAAUUUCCGCCCAGUUUCGCCCACAUAGUUGCAGUCACCCUCAUUGCAAUUUAUAUUGUAGAUGACUGCUGAGGUUUCAGCGGGUGGCAAUGGGUCUUUAGGUUGCAUCAGGCGACGUCGAAUUGUUGCUUGUGGUCUAUGGGCUAUGCCUACUCUGGUGGGUUGUAACAGUCGCGAGACCGCUUCAGAGACCCCUUUAACGUAAGGAAUGGCCCUCCAGACUUCGGGUUGCUGCUCAUUUGGCCGUUGUCUGGGCGCCCAACGUCUGCUUCUCUCGAUGAAAUGCCUGGGAUAACCAUUGGCUGCAAAUAGGUCCACAAGGUACAAUCGUUCGGCCCUUUUAUCUUCUGGUGUGCUGCAGUGUGUUUCGACUCUUUGGAAUAGAGUGCGGACACAACUACGUUUGUGAGACAGUGGAUGGUUGCUGUUGAAGUGUAGGAUCUGUCUCGUGAACUAGCACACAUUGGGCAAUCUUUGGCGCCAUCCUUCCACAACGUCGUCGGUCUCUAUGACUAGCAUCGGGGACUAGCCCGCUUGUUGGGAUUAUAAAACAGUGGCAGGAGUGUGAAGCUAGAUACUUAGUUUGGAUUUUGAAAAAUCCUAUUCCACUCCUUGAAUUCGCACCAUCUUCAACUAAUCGAGCACGCGAUACAAACUGGAAAAUGUCACCAUUCCCGAACUAGACGCCAAUUCGGCACAAGUCCGACUGUUACUAAAGUGGCACGGGAACCAAAGCGUGCGUUAAAAUACGCCAUCGGCUGCACAUACCUAUGUCGAAAUGUUGACAUCUAGAAGAUAUCGUAUUGUUACUGCGAGCACUGGUACUUAAGACAACGUUACUUUUGAAAUCAAAGAUUUGUAAAAAUUCCAACGCAGGUGAGAUUCGAACUCACGCGGGGAAACCCCAAUGGAUUAGCAGUCCAUCGCCUUAACCACUCGGCCACCGCGUCACGGCGCUUGCGUGCUUAAAAAGAUUCUGUAAAUUUCUCGCAACUGUGACUUAAUUCAUAACAUGAAGUAGCAGCAACUGUCGUCACUUCUGCGUAUAGGAAAACAAUAGUUGUUAUUUUUUAUCCACCAUCUGUCGAAAUCUCCAUCACAUUAUGCUACUUAUAGCUGUUUCAGGCGUUCAGAAUGUGAGCUCCUAGAGGGGGGGGGGGGGCGCGACCGAAAAAUCCAACAGGUAUUUUUAAACCAAGUUGUUAGUAAGGAAACUGCAAGGAAGGUGUAUCGUUGUCCAAGCUAGCGUAAUCCCUCGUUAUUUUGUUAGUCUUAAAACGGAUCCGACCUGUUCUAUUGCAACCCCCACAGCAAUUAAUGCUUUUGAAUUUGUCCUUCCAAUCUUCCUCCACGGUGGAGCCUCCGAUUGUGCUUCAUUACCGUGUCUCGGUUUGCUUCGUCUCAAAUGAUGCUCUCCACAUUAGAUUGCAUCAACGACUACUCACGGAGGCCAGUCGGUCACUCCACGCACAAACAUGGACCGGGCUGACUGCGAGGUCUUAGAGGAAUAGGUGGUUAGGUAUCUUCCAAGCCAUGGCGGCUUUCAGCGCACCGUGAUAGUUUAAAGGCGUGUGAAAUGGCCUACGGUAAGGAAUAUUUCCUGAGGGCUGACCUCUCUCUUUCCCUCUCCCAUUCACCACCCCAGUGUUCAGACUGACCAACCAUCUGAUGCUGACAUUGAGUGCAGGGGCUGACAGGACCAAAGACAGUUGCAGCAACCGCGACCCUACCCGGCUACAUGCAUUAGGUAUGAAGCAGCUUGGCAACAGCGCCAUAUAAGUACCGCACCCCUUGGGGAUCCACCACGCUCAUCUGCGAUCAUGUCUAAUUAUGGGUUCGAGAAACCGAAACUUAUUGAGAACAAAAUUUCCGCUCCAGAGAUCGCAUCUCCUCCUCAAAAAAGGAAACCAUUAUAGCGAUUAGGGCUUCGUCAUAUUCACCGUGCGGGCUAUCGCUUAGGAGAACACUACCUUGCCGUAUAGAGAAUGGGUCAGAUGUGGUUAUGUAGCCUCAGCUGAAGUAAACAAACCCCAUCCACCUGUAAUACGGCACCGGUAGUUAUAGGGGUUUUUACAGGUGGGGCUGGGGAACACACAGGCGACGAGGUCAAGUAAUUGAAUGCAAAAGAAAACCUAUUUUGCAUGCGCGGGUGCACUUUUAGGGUUGAGAAAUCGCUGCCCAUAUCCUAACCUCCAAAUUGAACCUAAUUAUUACCCCUAACCCCAACCCCAACAGUAUUCUGUCCAUCAGGUGGGACGACAUAACCUCAUCUUACCGGAGAAUGACAUUUCAACCGGCCCUUUACAGGGGCAGUAAUUGCUAGGAUCAGAUCGUUCAAGCCGUUUGUUCAGUCACAAACUUUGAUAAUAAUACGGAGAACGGAAAGGGACGCCUGAUUUUCUACCUUGUGAGUGUUGCUCUCUAGUAUAUUUAGAUCUCGUGUCCUUUAGGCAGCCCCACUUAAAAAAAGCUCAGGGAGUCCCAGCUUCAUUUUUAAUACUACCUUCAUCUAAAAACCAGUCUAAAUGGCCGAAAUAGGAAGAAUCUCGUUCCCAGUCCACUUAUUUCAUCUGACUCGGCUUCGGUCCCGUCCUCUUAUCUAAGCCCUAAGGGUUUGAGUGCAGAUGACAUCAACUGGCGCACAACUAGGGAACUUGCUUAUCUCUAUUUAGUAUCAUAACUACUUCUUUGCCCAUCCUUCAACAGCCAACACCACUCUAGCCCAAGUUUGCAUGUCCCCAACCCCAAACAAUGUUCAUAUUUGCAAAAUCCAGAAGUUCCAGCCCCCUUUACUGUCGACGUUCCGGGGCUCGGUUUUUCGCAUACAGAUUUGGCAAACCACGUGUGUGUUGCUGAGACCGUCGCUUGCAAAUUAAUCAUGCCCGAAGGUUUAGGAUCGAUACCUCGGAUUCAAACACCAGGGAUCGAUGCCUGUGCCCCUUGAAUGCCGCCCACCGAUCAGUUUGUCCGAUGAUGCCUGCACCGACGGAUCUCGAUCUGCGCUUCCUCUCCUCCUGGCUGGAGCACGUUUACAUUCCUCUUUUUAGGGCGUAUAGGGCAAAACUUAGGGAACAACAAUCUCAGGCUCUAAAUGUACUUGGUAAGUCUCAAAGUUUUCUGCUCAUUACAUGCUUUUUAUGUGUUUUAUAGUGGUUUUUAAAGCUACUUACUAGAUGAAAGUAGGGUUUCUUUAAACAUUAAGACCACUUGGUCAACAUGAGGCAAGUAGGUUCGGCCUCAUGCGGGAAGGCUUUGUUGGCACAAAUAGCCGAGUUUUACGGAGAGCAGUUGUUAGUAGUUGUGAACUUCAAAGCUUAUUUUCUUAGGUCGUACAUGACUUCUGUUAAAUGGGGCUCAUGGAGAGAGAAGAAAACUCGUAUAUAUGGCAAAAUUAAGCACAAUGGAGAGCCAGGUGUAGAUACUGUCGUAAUGGAGCUUGUAUAAUGUACACAAAAUUCUGCGCUCCUUUUUCCAACUUAAAACACAUUUUGAGGGGUUCAGUCGAGCAAGCACAUGACGCGACUAUUUCAGGCUUUAUUUUUGGAAGCAGAGCAAAUGUUUUUGCAUUGUGUACGAUGAUCCACUUUCAUAAGGCAAAAUUUCGGUAGCACGGUAUCAUGGUAGUCCAACCUUCAGAUGGUGGCAGGUGAAUGGGCGUCAACAGGGUACCCGGAGGAAUAAGAGUUGGGAUUUGGUUCUUCGGAAUGUGUCAUGCUGUCUCUCCACCCACGCAUGAAAACCGAAGUCGCUGUAUAACUGGUUGCGUACGUCAUAUGCCCACCCUGUAAUAGCCAGAGGUCAAAACGGGAUCAAGUCUAUUGCAAACCUCCGGGCAUCCAGACAAUGCGUUACGAUGAAACGCCCGGUAAUUGCAUCCGGUAAGCCUUCAGUAAUUUUUUAACUAGAGUUUUAUGUUUAUUUGUCACUUUUCAGGUAAUCUUCAUACGGUAGCCGGACAAGGAGAUGCACCUAGCAACGGAUCCUCUCAACAUUUCCCCCACAUCUAUCCCUUCCCUGACCUCGGGUUUCAGACGCCGCUGCCUACCACCUCAUCCACCGCCAUCUCAUACAACUUGGCCGGAUAUGAGGAGUCCUCAAGACCAUGGUCUGGCGAGGAUUCUUUCGAGCAUUCCUUGCCAAUUCCCACACCACGACACACAGAUUCUGCUGUUAGGAUGGCAGCUGGACAAACGUUCGACGUCCAACCAUUAAAGCAGCUCGCGCCUCAAAAUUACGACUGCCGGACAUUUACCAUUCAGCCCCGUCCAGAUGAACCCUCAACAGACAUGGAUAUUGCACUACUUCCUAGUCUUACUAGCCAGGACCUAAUCUCCUCCGACUCUACAGAAGUAUGCCUCGAGUCUCCAGUAUUCACACCCACCAUGAGUAUCGCAUUUUUAUCAUCAGAGGUGAAUAGUACCGAGGAUUUUGCCACAUUUAGGUAAGUAUCUCAUUUGUUUCAUCAUUAAACCCUCAUGAGAUGUCGAGAUCUUGCCUGAGCCACCGAACAAGGAAAGGAAUUCCGAGGCAGACGGUUAAGGCAUGCCACCACAAGGCGGUGAUUUGUGUCUCACGACCCACUGCGCAUGCAGUUUAAACUAGCAAAAGUGGAAUUGCUGUUUCAGUAUAUUUGGUGAAAACAAUUCUUGUCGAUCUGCAGUUUAGCAGUGUAAGCUAAUGUUUAGCGUCAAAAUGUGUGAGUCAAGAGCGACCGGGAUCCAGUAAAUCUAAUUGCGUCCGAGUUAUUCACUAAGAAUAUGAAGUUAUACUUGUUAUGUUCCCUUGACCAGUUUCACACUUUCGGUUUUAGGGACGUGACCCCAACCCCCAGUGUCAGGAAAACACGAACCAGAUAUGUCGUCGAGGAGGCAACUGAAAUCUAUGAGGCGGGGGAAUUUGAGAUGUGCACAGGCUAUGCCAUCUCGCAAGCCCACCCACGGAUUCACAGACAGAGAAACCGCGGUAAGCGACCUCUUUAAGGCUCACAACUCCGCCCAUUGCGGAGGCAGCGAUUUGUUGUCAAAUGUUUGAAGCUUUAUGCUUAUCAUUUUCGCCAUCUGACUAGGGAAUUCUUGACUUUUAAAAGGGCUGCAUUGUGCAUACCGUGUAAGCAUAUUUAAGGCUAGUACGUAGACCUACUUACUCAAGAUGAUCCUUUGAACGGUCCUUGCAGCUGCGUGGAGACCGGUCGUCUCUGGUCCAAUGGCACAGGACACACGGGCUGAAACUGUUCCGGUUUGCCGGAACAACAUAUCGGCUAAACAGUUGCCCAAUUCUCGCCGGGUAGGUUAUUUACUUACGCAUUGACUGAGCCUUAAAUUUCGUCCACUAAAUCAAAAUCCUUUCUUUUAGCCACGACCUAUGGUACCCCGAUUUCUGCGGCGUAUCUGGCGCCGACUUUGCUGCUGCACUACACCAGCUGCCGAGUGAGCUGGCGAUGGACAUCGAGGUCAGGACGGAGCUAAGAUGCGUUGCUAGGUGCAUCUCCUUGCACGCCAGAGUACACCCGCCCCCCACCCACCCUUAAGCUUCCCGAGUGUUCCCCCUCUCACCAGCGUAUGUAGUAGAGUAACGUACACAAUUAAAGUCAUUUUAGCCAAAACAGCAUGUUCUUUUGUUUUCCACUGUCGACCUUCCCUGGACGGAGGUAAAUGUGGAGGCAAUGGAAUUCGGUGAGAAAAGCAGUUUUAAGUCCUGUGGACGGCUGCGACAUAGUAGGUUACCAAAGACACUAAGAUCCUAGGAAACAAAAUCAAGACUACGCCAGGCAUGGUUACCUUAAAGGGAGGCAUUUGGUAGACGUUGUGCGACUGGAUAUAACCGAUGAAAUGGAGCCGUUAACUUCGGGGAAACUCAGAAAAUUCGUGCUCUAUGACCGUUGUGGCGCCUUCAAUAUUAGUCGCGCCCUUGUAAUCAACCAAAAUCCGAUUGAUGAGUCUAAGAGAAUUCAAGUGGAAUCCUACACGAUGAAUGCAUGCAGCAGAACAAAUCAAUCUACAACGUUGAUUAACCUAAACACAGGUCUUAUUCCUAGGUGGCAUUGAAAAAUGGUGGGAUUAUAAAGUUGGUGGAACGUUGACAACUUGAAAAUGGUGACAUCGAAGACGGUAGCCCUACAACCAACUGUUAUGACCCGGGAGAAGGUAGAGAAUCGGUUUGGAGGACAAGAACUUUAUUGGAAACUUGCGGACUUGAAGGAGGUUACAACUCCUCCCGUGCGUUCUGGAACAUUCCGUCCAAUGACGUGCCAGCCGUUGAGGGCGUUCUAAAAUGUUCCUGCCCCGAGCGUGCCGGUCGCUGAUUGGCCACCGCGUGCACGAUAGCUCCGCCGCGGAAACGUCUGGAAUGUUCGGCCAUCCAUUGAUUGGGCCGCACACGUGAGCAAAGCCACCACGCGUGCUCGACGCUGCAGUGCGCGCCGGUCGGUCGUCUAACUUCACGCGUGACUCACGUCGCCGACUUGGUCCCCUGUUUGGCGCCUUAGGCCGUGGCUCUACGCCGCUUUCACUCUCCAUAACACAACUGCACUCUGGUUCAGAUCUCGGGCACUUCUGGUCUGGGGUUUGUUUCUCCUUUCCGGCCAAGUCUUCGACAUGGCGAACAGCGCAGACAAGACAGACUGACAUGGUCAUUUAUCGUUCCGUUUCCCCAUCUCCCUUGUCACUGUUGGUGCGACGCCUCAAAUGCUUAUGGUUAUGCGAUGGUGUACGAGGGUUCUAGAUCGGAGUUCUAAGGCAGAACCCGUAUCUCACCCCCAAAUCAGACGACCAUUCGGCUUUCCCUGUUUUCGCCAGAAAAAACUUCUGACUGCUUCUCACUUUGAGAUCGAUUUCAACGGCUCAAGGUCACAAUUUCAAGUGAACGAAUGACGUGCGUAGUCUAUCCUGCAUUCCAGUCAGUUAGGCGAACGCCGCUCUACCUGCCUCUUAUUUCUGACCACUGUUUUGUUGGCUCCGUCAGGAUCACACUGCACAGAAAAUUUAUGUAUAUGCGCUACUGGCACUUUGAUAGUAGGCAUUUGUAGGCUCUUUCGAACGGUCGGAAGACACUUCUUUACAAGUCAAGUGCUUCUGGUGGCGUCAGACUAAGCCGCAGACAAAUUCACGACCGCGACCUGAUCUAGUUAGUAAGUCAAGUGGCCAGUUACAACAGUCAAGGAUACCUAAAGUUCGCUCGCAACGCAUUUGGCCGACCUCCGAAACGAACAAAACUAUUGUUUCCAUUGCUAACAGCGCAAAGGGUUGCCCGCGUAACAAUUGUCGAUGCGUUUUUCGAAAGAGAACAAACCCGAGACUGGUCAUGAAUCCCUGAUUUAGCUUUACAAAUGUAAUCAUGUCAGUCGACUAGUUGUCUAACCCAAAGUCAUCCUGAGACCGAGAGAUAGUAAAGGCAAAAGUUCGACCUGUCUGAAUCGCAGAAAAGACUUUAGGAAUGAGGAUAGAGAUAAUUUUGGUGUGUCAGUAUCGAUGCUCUUUGCAAACGCCAAAUUCUUUCUGUCGACAUAGAAUAUUUGUUUCCAUCAAAUGAUAAAAGUUUGCGAUGGAAUAUUCGAGAGAGAUAUGCGCAAGACAGACUCGUACAAAGACACAGUUGUCGAAAUGCUGUUUCCGGACAGUGGUUUUUAAUUCUAGGAAAGUCGCGGUGGUGUUGGAUUACGCAAAAGGGAAUCAUAAUUAAAUUUGAGGCGCAGUUACAAAGCAAACAGUUGGUUCUCUAAGUCUACAGGAUAGACCAUCUUUCGCGGUACGGCUGGUUUACAACAAGACACUUCCCGCAUUGAAGAAGUUCUGGGGGAGGGGGGAAGUUUACAGGCAUGUUUAACACCACAAUCAUCCCUUCGAAUCCUCAAACAGAACUGAUAACCGGAUGCACAUGCAGUAGACAUCAGAGCACACGAACUCAUGACAGAAAUCACAUAUAAGUUAUCAAUUUCGGGAGAAAAUACUUACGCAGGUUUUCAGUAUUUAACUGCUUGCUCAGUCGUCUGGAAAUACAUUCUGUGACGAAUCCCUGUUGUCAACAGCCAGCACUACGACACCUGCCGUCGUUGUUCAACACUCAAUCGCAUCAAGAUCACUCACAUUCGCGGUCAGCUGCUCCAGCCGCCAUGAUCGUACAGUCUGGCCGACUGUAAUAUACGCAAGCUGGUGCACUCAGACGGUCACAGCCGCUCAAGUUCAACUUGGACGGGCCAACCACCGCCGCCGCCAAAACAACACACAUUACUUAGGCAAGAAGAUGAUUGGAGUGGGUUUUCGAUACUACAUAACACACAGCCUAGUCCUAAAGUGUGCGUGUUUCCGGCCACUUGUGAAAAUCACACUCACCUAAAUGGCUGUUUAAGCAGUAUAGUUUUACAUACAUUCUACACAAGCAUGCAUACUAACGCUUCUUUGGCAGCGAAUUGCGUCUUUUUUCAAAUUAUCAAUUUGGGAAAAGGUACGGUCAGAAUUUUAAAUAUUUUUCAAAGUGGCCCAGCUCACCUGACCGACCAUAGUGUUGAAGCGACCAAGAAUGCAACGGAUGACGGAACACAGUGACCGCGGCUACGGGGAUUUCAAUCAAUCUUGAAUCGCCACAAUCCUCUGCAUCAGGUGAACUAUCUCAGCGUCUUCAAAUUCGACGUAGAAGGUGAAGAGGAGAGUAGAAAAGGCGCGAAACUGGCCGUGGCGCCAUAAAAGUGUCUGACCGAUUGACUAUGAAACGGUCCAUCUGCUUAAAUAGUUUCAACUGCCGAGAUUUAGCAAAGACAGUGGCGGAGUGCUAACUUGGCUGCCCGCGUCAUACAGGUCGUGAAGUUCAAAUCCAAACUCGCUAAAGGUAAACUUAUGUCAAUUUUCCACCCACCACCUUUGCGAGGCAAUGCCUGCUUAAGCAGUGUGUGCACGUCCCAGUGAUUUUAAGUUCUCGAACAAAAUCAAUCGACUUUCUUAAAAAGGAUGCACACGACUCCGUAUUACGUACGGCGACGUCGGUCGCCGGAACAGUCGCCAUUACCCCACCCGUGGUAUUCGUCAUAUCAUGAUAAGUUGGCGGGGAGUUAUACUCUAAUUGAGGGCUCAACACAUAUGUACGUGGUGAGUGGCAGUGUCGUUUUCUGACAUCAUCCUCAAACCAUUGAAGAUGCCCCAGAUUUACCUCCUGUUCUGGUAAAACUAUUUCGCGAAACACAUAUGCUACUGUCAACAUUAUAGUAGCAUAUUUAUUUUGGCUUGAACAGUGUGUGUGUCGUAUCUAACAGGGUCGUCGAUGGCAAACCUCAUCGCCCUCAGAUAUGCCGAACUAUAUCCCGCGGGAGUGGAGUUUUCCGACCCUGUCCAAUAGCCAGAUAGAACGUAGGGAAUUACGUAUGGCCUCGCAGGUUUGGUCAUAAAUCUUCGAGGACGGUCGCAGAGUGACGAGCAGUCAGUAAUCAAAAAGGGGAAAGACCAGCCCUAGAUUUCAUGUAGUAGUCAGCAAACAAUAUACUCUCCCGAGUCCAGCAAGACUCGAUAGUUGGUUACUGAACGCAACAUUCCAUCUGUUGUCCUAGGAGCUUGUGAUUUGACAGGGUUUGGAUUUUGCGGCACCACAAUGGUAUGCAAUGUUUUAAAACAUAAAAUAAUUUGGUGCAAAUGGGCACGCCGCCAAACACGACAGUUCGCACGUCGCGGGCAUCAAGGCUCAUCACUGUUUCACGGGAGUUUGUCUGCAGCUGGACGAACUUGCGCUGCAUCCACUUCGUUUUACUCCUCUGUCGGGAAUGUCCACACUCCCAAAAAUAUUCAGUCAAUCCCAUCGAAAGGUAUGCGUGCGCGCGCACCGGUUUCGUGCUGUUGCCAGGCGGAAUCACAACUCGACGGCGUUUCGCCAUUGGCUGCGGCCACAAUGCUUCCCUAUAACCCAAUUGGUCCAUGUAUGCGAGAAGUUGUUCGACUCUCCCAGUCCUCUUCACCCGGGGCGGAAUGGACAGAAUGCUAGUCAACCUGAACGGCAUGCUAUAAAUGCACACAGUUUUCGCGUAAAAGAUGACUUGCAUGUUUCUACACAUUUUGCCAUAGCCGAUCGUUUACUGUUAUGCCAGUCAUUACGACGGCAACGGACGACAGUCAAGAACAUUUACGGCUCAUGUUAUCAUUGGGCGCAGAAUCGGAUCAUAACGUCCUCUCAUGUCCAUAGGACCCCGGAAAAAAUCAAAACGACCGGGGAUGGACGGGAACGAUGGCUGAGAGACCUAGACAACGCAGAUAGGUUGCUCUGUCGUCCUCACACAUCAGGCUUCAGAGGGGGAGAGAUCUUGUGUCUCACAUAAGUUGGCGUCUUAAGAACCAUAUUAAUACGAAACCAUUGCACGACGACCACCACGCCGGAGGUAAAUCCAUCGGUAGGCAACCUUCUGAAACAUGUCUGUUGGCACGUUGAGAUGCCUUAAAUGUGCGCUUGUUUGACUAUAUCAAGUAAGCUAGGGACCAGAUGCACCUUGGGCCUGGGUCGGUUGUCCAGUCCCUAUUCCGCGAAGUAGGACAGCGACUUCUGAGAGGAAUGCACAAUAACUCAUUCGACUAGUCCAGUGAAUGAUCAGACAAGUCUGGAUCCCCCUCGUCAAUGAUACUUUCUGUCUAUUGAUAAUGCGUCGCUAAUCGAGCUCUUAAUUAAUGCGAACGACUUUCAUUUCGUUCUGCAGUCAAGAGAUGUUGGUAAAUCAAUUUUCAACGUGACAUGCCAACCCCUCCCCCAAGCUCCACACCGGACUCAACUCACUGAACCCACACUAAACAAUCAAUUCCAUUCUGGUGAUUUUCCUGAGUCGCAUCUUCAAUAUUUCAACACUGCGUUCUAUUCCAAUAUUUGCGUCUGGAUGACAGUGAGCCUACUUAACUGACGCAUUCGUCGAACUCUGCCCUCACUCGGAUGCAUUGUGCUCAAAAUGUCCCUUCCUCGCAUACCAACAUGCCAACCCACCACCACAUGUUGACGAAACCACGUCAACGCACGUAUGGUUGAUGCAACAACUGCACCUCCGAACAGAUCGCAGCAUCACCCUCAUACACGAUCCGAGCCACACCUGUAAUCAUCCACGCACGCCCUCAAACCCGCAAGUGCACUGGAUCAAUCCACUGACAUCGUUACUUGCCUCACGAUCGACACCGCCGCUUCGUUGUGUCUAGCGGGGAGCUGUUUUCGACAGCCAUCAUGGCCAUGUCUAGCGUCCAUGUUCAUGCUCCGCAGGCUCAAGGUCAUUCGCCUUCGCUGAGGGCGGCUCCACAUGCGUUGACCCGCAGCGCCUCGAUCGACUUCAACUCGGACGCACAGGCGUCUACAGAGUCGCAGUUGCCAGUGCCCCUCUUGAGCACACUACCCCACUCCGAAUACCACAUAAACCACUCGAUGACCGCCCCCAGCCCGGAAAGUGUAAUACACACCUGUAGGACACCGCCUGAACUUGCUUCACAAGCCAACAAAUGCGGCUGCUGCUGCUGAAAUAUCACGCACAAACGGACGCGGUCAACGCUUGUUCUGGCUUUGCCAGUGGUCACUGCUUUCUGAGAGGACAGCUUAGCUUCCUAGAUACAAUAAACCUCCCAUUCUGGUGACUUCUGUUUUUUUUUCUCUCUCAGCGCCGGACUUGGCCUGAUGACUGCAGCGCUCUGGGUACAGUCUCACCACUUAGACGCCACACGGCACAAUUUUCCCGUCCAUGCAUAGCCCUUAUUUCUUGUUGCCCGAUUGGGAGGAACGAUUUUCAAUUCCGUAAAACUAGGCCGCCGUUUUCGACAUACAGCGGAAACCAAUUAGAACUGACCAAAUGUGAACGCGUUUGCUGCAAAUAUGAAGGGGUUUCAUGUGUAACACUAUUCAAGCAUUUGUUGCACUGUCUGACAUGCAGUGAGCCUGUCCGAUCACAGGACUAUUGUGAAACUAUCCCCCUAUCGCAAACGAACUCGACGCCUUGAAAAUCCUUACAGCAACCAGCUUAGAGAGUUAGCCAUGUCAGGUGGACUUUCACGUCACAGCACUUAAAAAGAAAUGCAAAGUUCGUGUUCCAACUUUAUUCAGCAAGCUUACAAGACUCCUCUAUAGCGUCCUCGGCGGUUCUGAUGCCUAAAAACAAUGAGAGAAAAAACGGUUAGUUAAUUUUCAGGCAUACAAUAUUGCACUGUACAUGUCAACUUAGAUUUUCAUAUGAGAUUAAAUCAGAUCUGAACUUACGCGUGUAGGGUCAAACUAGACACACAGAUCUUAGGCCUGUUGUGCUCUUAGCGAGCUGCGUAUGUACUAUCUGUGUUAUGUGUCCUAUGACACAGCGCUGAUGCGGCGCGGGGCUCGGCUUAGUAAGACGUGAUCUUAGGUCCUCAUUAUCGGUGUCUAGGUCAACAUGGCGAUUGAUACUGUCCGUAUUAGAGUACCAUGUCUUCAGGAAUUCUCUCGUCCGUUUUGUGUCGGCCGUAGCGAUGACCUCAGUGUCAUUCCAAUUGAAUCGGUUGUCGCAAUGGAGUGCGUGGGCAAAGACGAGGGACACUGGGUCACGGCGACGGGCAGCUAGUUUGUGUUCAUUAAUUCGAGUUCCCAGGCGUCGUCCUGUAUGACCAACGUAUACGCAAGGGCAAUUGGCACAUGGUAUGCGAUAGAUAACACUAGUCUGCUCCUUUUUGGGAAUAGAAUCCUUUUCUGGUGAUAAGGCUGUGCGCAGCGAGGAUGCGGGCUUAGCUGACUUAGCUAAGGGUCGAUUAUUUCUGAGGUCCCCUGCAUAAAGGGAAAGGAGAAGAAUUUCUGUGUCAUUAUGUCUCCAUUUGAGGAGGGACCUCGAGGUUGUGCCUGACGCCUGAGGCAGUUCUCCACAUAACUGAUCGAAUAUCCGAUAGAUCGAAUUAGCCGAUACAGAUAAGCUAGUUUUCUCUUUAGGGGAUCGUCACUGCUGCAAAAACGGUAGGCCCGAUGGAAGAGUUCGGAUGCAGCUUCUUUUGUGAGCCGCAGGAUGAUUGUUCCUAUAAUUGAGGACGAUCUCGGAAUCAGACCCUUUUUUAUUAACGCUGGUCGCGAGACUACCAUCGUCUAGCCUUUGUACUUUCACGUCCAGAAAUGGCAGACUGUCUCCUGCUGCCUCUUCGCGGGUAAAUUGUAUGGCUGGGAAGACAUCAUACAGCUUCUGGUGUGGCCUUUCGACUUCGCGGUUCUUUAUUACGACAAAGGUCUCGUCGACACAGCGAAGUCACAUUAUGGCCCUGAGAGUUUAAAAAACCUCAUUUUCUAGUCGCUGUAGCACUAGUUCGGACUGUAGUCCUGAUAUUGGGGAGCUCAUUGGAUUUCCCUUCACCUGUUGGUUGUCGAAUUUGCAAUAGCCCUUAAGGCGGAGUUUGAGCAGUUUUAUAACAUGCUUCUGUGGGAUAUCAACAAGAUUGUCCUAUAACCGUUGGACUACACAGUCAAUUUUCAAAUCGUGUGGUAAAGAAGAAAAUAAGGCAACUACGUCGAAAGACAAGAGGCAUGCAUUAAUGCUUACGCUGAGGCCUUCGAUCCGGCGAAGGAAUUCGUGAAUGCUGAUAAUGCUGUAGUGAGAUCUGUGAGUUAGCUGCUUCAGAUGUUUGUACAACCACUUAGAUAAACUGUAAGUGGGAGAUCCGAUGAGCGGGACUAUAACCUCAGUGGGGCAUCAAUUUCGUGCACCUUUGGGAGACUGUAUGUGGGCGAUAAGGGGAUCAUCGACGGUCAUCAACUUUGAGUCAUCUGGACCUGAUUUUCAGACGAGCGAGCUCAUUAACUUUUUCCUUGAUGGCUGCGGCAUACUUUUCGUUGGGUCUUCGGCGAGAAUAGCAUAGGAAUCCGCGUCGCCUUGUUAACGUAGUCAGUUUUGUCCAUAAUGACGAUAGCGCCACUUUUGUCAUCAGGAACAACAACACUGUGGUCCGACUUCAGUGGUCGCAAUCCUUGCGCUUCUUCGGCCGACAAAGUUCGCUGGUGUCCAUUUUUGCCGGAGGAUACCAUUGGCACAGUUGUGUGUAUAUAUCAGCGAAGAGGGACGACAGAGAAUGCAGGCAGAUUUAUACAGUAAUGUUUCGGGCUUAUUUUGCCCUGACCAGCGGCUGGGACCAGAAACACAAACGUGCGCACAGACGCGCCUGGGGCAGUUGGUCUACCAGAUGGGUCAUAAGCACUUCAUCAAACCAAAGCUCAUCAGCGUCUCGCCUUCUGUCAUUCGCUUUCGCUGCUCUAACUUAAAACACGUGUGGAGAGAUCCAGCCGAGAAAGCGCGUGAAUGGACUACUUCAGACUUUCUGUUUGUUAGCUGAGCGAAUGCUCUAGCAUUGCGUACGAUGGUCCACCGAUGGAGCCCACAACGGAAUCAGGUCUACUGCAAGCCUUUAGGCAUCCAAACCAUGAGCAACAAUAAAGCGUCCGGUGAUUGCAUCCUGUGAGCCUUCAGCAAUUUUGUAACUUGCGCGUUGUGUUUAUUUGCCUCCUCCCAGGUAAUCUUCCCACGGUAGCCGGACAGGGAGAUGCACCUAGCAACGGAUCCUCUCAACAUUUCCCCAACAUCUCUCCCUUCCCUGAUCUCCGGUUUCAAACGUCGCUGCCUACCACGUCCACCACCACCAUCUCAUACAACUCGGCCAGAUAUGGGGCGCCAGAUUACGACGAAAUUCCCUCAGGACCAUCUGGUGAGGAAUCCUUCGAACAUUCCUUGCCAGUUCCCACACCACGACACACAGAGUCUGUUGUCAGGAUGACAGCUGCGCAAACGUUUGACGUCCUACCGCCAAAGCAACCCGUGCCUCAAAAUUACGACUGCCGGACAUUUACCAUUCAGCCCCGUCCAGAUGAACCCUCAACGGUCAUGGAUAUUGCGCUACUUCCAAGUCUUAGUAGCGAGGACCUUGUCUCCUCCGAUUCUACAGAAGUAUACCUCAAGUCUCCAGUCUUCACAUCCUCCAUGAGUAUUGCAUUUUCACCAUCAAAAGCGGACAGUAACGAGGAUUUUGCCACGUUUAGGUAAGUAUUUCAUUUGUUUCAUCAUCAAACGCUCGUAAACUGUCGAGAUCUUGGCUGAGCCAACACACAAGGAAAGGAAUUCUGCGGUUAAGGCACGGCGGCACAUGGCAGUGGUUUGUGCCUUCACAAUUCACUGCGCCUGCAGUUUCAAGUCCGACGUGCAGUCAGGUUCGGCAAAAGGAGGAUUCAUAUUUAAGUAUACUUAGUGAAAACAAUUCUUGUCGAUCUGCAGUUCAGCAGUGCAAUUAAAUGCUCAGCGCCCAAAAGAAUUAUUGUGGAUCCCAGGCCAAGACAGACAGAUUGAAGUCCAAAGGACGUCGAUAAGUCCGAGUAAUUGACUGAGGAUAUGAAAGGAUACUUGUAAUGUUCCCUUAACCAGCUUUACACUAGGCUUUAGCGACGUGACCCCAAUCCCAACAUCAGGAAGACCCUAGCCAAAUAUGCAGUCGAGGAUGCAAUUGAAAUCUAUGAGGCUGGGGAAAUGGAGAUGUGCACAUGCUAUGCCAUCUCAAAAGCCAAUCCACGCAUUCACAGACAGGGGCACCACGGCAAGCAGCGUCUCCAAAGCCCACAACUCUGCCCCUGGCGGGGGCAGCCGAUUUUUCGGCAAAUGCCUGCGUCUUUAUGCUUGUCAUUUCACCAUCUAAUUCGGGAGGCUUGACGUUUAAGUAUUGCUUUGCCUGUAGUAGGUGCAUACCGUAAGAACACAUCUAAAGUUAGCACGUAGACCUGCUCACUCAAAAUGAUGCUCUGAACAGUGUUUGCAGCUGUACGGAGGCCAGUCGCCUCUGGCCCAAAGGUAAAGGACACGCGCGUCGAAACUGUUCCAGUGUGUCGGAACAAAAUAUCCAAUGACGAGUUCCCCAGUCCUCUCCGGGUAGUCCAAUUCCUUUUGCAUUGACCGAGUAUCCAUUUUUGUUUACCAAGUCACAAUUGUCUCUUCUAGCGACCAUCCAUUGUACCCCGAUUUAUGCGGCGUACAUGGCACCGGCUUUGCUGAUGUGUUAUACCAACUGCCGAGUGAACUGGUGAUGGACAUUCAAGGUUAGGAAGGAGCUAAGAUCCGUUGCUAGGUGCAUCUCCUUGCGCACCAGAAAUCACCUGCCCUCUCUACGCUUUCCGAAAGCCUCCCCUCUUUAUGAUAUGUGUAAAUGAGCAGCGUAUAAAGGUAAGGUCAUCUUGAACAAACCGGAUGUUUUUUGCUUCCUAUAAUCGACUCUGGACGGAGGUAAAUCCGAGAGAUCGGGAUUCGCUCCUUCCUAGUCGCUCUUCACCUCCGCCCGCAACGUCCUCAUUGGUCGUACCGAGGGUAGGCUGAUUGGCUGGCUCAUGUUCAGUAAAAAAAAAAACAAGUCGUGCCGACGGCUGCAGCAUAGUAGUUCGAUGGCAUGAUAUCAGAGUCACUAAAGUCUAAGAGAACAAAAUUGAGACUACUCAAGACGUGCUUGCAUAGAAGGGACGUUCUUGGCAGACACUGUGCAACUGGAUUUGUCGAUGAAGCGAAUCUGCAAAGUUCGCUGGAGCUCCGAAAACUGGAGCGAUUGGACUGUUCUGGCGCCUUCGAUGCUAGUUGUGCCCUUGUGCUCGACCGAAAUCCGACUGAUCAGUGUGAGAGAAUCCAAGCGGAAUCGUACGCGAUGAAUGCAUGCUGUAGAGAAAAUUAUUCUGCAACAUUGAUUGCAUUCAACAGAGGACUAAUCCCUAGGUAACACGGACAAGGGUUGGGACUGAAAGGUUGGUGGAAAUUUUACAAUUUGAAGAUAUUGACAACGAAGAGAGUAGUUACAGGCUAUCUGGAUUAGUUGAUUCGGAGGCACUAAAAAAUUGCUAGACGUCCCAAGUGAUGAUAAUUCGAUCAAGCUUUCGGGGCAUUCAGCACUAUAAUAAACUCCGCCCUUGUUCAAAUCCGAGGUACUCCUGGUCUGGCUUUCCUCCUGCCUUCCGGCCCAAACUUCGGCAUGGCGAACAGCUCAGACAAGACUUAUGAAAUGGUCACUGGUAGGACAGGAUAAGAGCAAGUUCGUUUAAAAGGGUUAAGAAAAUGCAAGCGAAAAUGAGACUGGAGACGUAGUGGCAAGAAGAAUGCGUUUUGUUUCUCCUCGAUGUUUGUAGCCGCGUACGUUGAAUUGUCUCAGGACGCGAAGCAAGAACAGGUGGAUAUCGUUUCCCGAGGCCUUAUCCCUAAUCUUAGGGUGUUUCCCCUGGUCCUUCUUACCCGCAGAAAUGAUGUGCGCUCAUUUGCGCUUCUCCUCGUCUUCCAUAUUUUUCGACUCCAUUGUUCUCCUUCCAGAUCUUCUCUAGUUAUCAGAGAUAUGUUCAUCUGUUGAUCCAUUGUUUGCCCGGGUGAUGCCAAGAAGAUCGAAAAUCAUACCUCUUUGGAGAGAAGAAACCAUCCACUUCUCCACCCCGCCCAACCAUGACAACGGACGCCGUACCAGAACCGAUUCCCCGAUAGAACCGCAAGACGCUCUGUCCACUGCAAUAUAUCUUUUAUUAUUCCCACCUCCCUGGUCAUUUUUGGUGGAACGCCUCAAAUGCUUAUCGUAAUGCAAUAUUGUUAGGGUGUUCUGUAUCCGUGCUCAAAGGCAGGACGGAAAACCCCAAUUUCAUCCUCAACUCGAACCACCAUUCAGUCUCCUUUGUUAAUACCAAUAGAAGUUUUAACUGCUCCUCUCUUCGAUAUGGAUUUCAACGACUCAAAUCCAAAACUCUAGGUGAACGGGGGACGUGCAAGUCUGUCCUUAGAUCUUGUCAGUUAGGUGAACCCCAUUCCGCCUGCCUCCUAUUUGUGACUGGCGUUUUGAUGGCCUCGUCAAGACCGUGCUGUGCAGCAACUUAAGUCUAUGUAUAUGCACUAUUACUGUUGCGACUGCAGGUCUUUGUACGUUUUCGCGACGAUUUGAGGCUGCAGCUCAAAGGAAUGUUGGAGUUAUGAUGUAUGGUCCUGGAAUGAAGUUGCGCCGGUGAACGGCUGGAAAACACCUCUGGGCAAGUCAAAUGUUCCCGAUGGCGUUCAAUUAAUUCGCGGACAGAUUCAUUUUCGCUACCCGUAGUACUAAGUAUGCCUCGUGGUCAGCUGCACCAGUCAAGGCGCCUUGGUGUUACUUCGACAUCAAAUCUUAAUCCUCCCUGAAUACUGAAGUCCUUUCGAUUAUAACUCAUGAUCUUCUUUAUUACCUUCGACAUUUGCAUUCCCGUUACACACUUAAACCCCCAACCUCGAGAUUUAUAGAUGUCAGCACCCUCCUGUCAUUAUUUAUUGUUCUGCUGUUAUUUUUUCCUCCAUAUUUGGACAAAGUUUGUUAAUUUCAAAACAAGUCAUCUGAAUGCUCUCUUCUGCUGCCGGUGUUUUUUACGUCUUUGUCAUUCGUAUUAUAAUACAACGACAUUUCACAAGAUCAAGCAAACUGCUGGUAGAAUCCCGAAUUAGGCUUUUUAUUCCUUCCAUUCUGAACCAACUGCCGCGAUGUCCUCCGACCCCACGUGCCGUGCCUUCCGCCAUAUGUCUUGUAGUAAAUUGGCAUAUCAACAGUCUGUAUGUGUGAAAUAAACGAAAAAUAGAAACUGCGACCUGAACUGUCCCAGUAAUAGAUGCUCCUUUAAUGUGUAAGAUUUCGAACCCUUAAGUAAUUUGUUAACUUAUCUUCUGUCCACAGUGACUGGUGGCACAGUUUUAUGCGAAUCUUGAAUCAUACUUUCAAAAAAGACGUAUUAAAUAAAUAAAUAAAUUUUUUAUUUAAUGCCAGCUUACAGGCAUUGUCAAGGGAAGCGAUUAAACAUAAAUCCGACCGGCAGUGAAAAAAACUCCUGAGCUAAAGGGAUAGAAAUAUAGUUGAUGGUGGUUUUAUGGUUUGGAGGGCUCGGGAGAAAAAACUGCCGGCGGUGGUAGAAUAUCGACCGUCAAGAAGGGGGGAGGUUGCACGGUAUCGGAGAUUAUCGGACGUCAAAUUCCUUUCAUGAAGUUGGGGAUAGCCAAAGUAGAGGCGUUGAGGAACAGUUGAUGAGACCGGCCAUAGUGUUCAGAGACCACAAACGCAAUCGCCACGGUACAGCCGAUCAGAGUUUUCAGCACCCAAAAUUUGUGGGAGCUUUUCUGAAUGCAAAAGUCGAUUUAUAGCUCUCUUAAAUAAAGGAUAAUUUUACAGAGUUUUCACACCCAUUGGCAGUUUAUUCCAAAUAGCAAUUGCAUUUACAGAAAAGAACCGACGAUAUUUAACAGUACGUGCCAGAGGAAGAAGUAAAUAGACCUCACGGCGACUGUUACGUCGUGGGUGGAUAUGAUGUCUUAAAGAGGUGAGUGGGUUAAAUGUGUGACUAUAUAAGAGUUUAAAUAGCAAAAAUAGUCCCUUUUUAAUCUACGGAACCAUAAAGGAUCGAGGCCUGUAAGCCGGCAACGUUCUUGGUAAGACAAAUGUCGGUGUUCCGGGGUUAAAAUUCUCUUGGUAAAAAAGUUUUGAACGGAUUCUAUUUUCUUCCGCUCAGUAGCACGCAUGAGGCUAAAUGAAAACGAACAGUAUUCCAGACCAGGUCUAACGUACAUGUUGAAAAGGCGCAUUCUAAUGGCCCUAGUUUUAAAAUUUCGGAGGAUAAACCCGGUCGUUCUGCGUGCUUUGGAGACUAUCAAGGCACAGUGUUCCAAGAGAUUGAGACUCUUGGAGUAUGAUACGCCCAAAUCCUUUAUAACCCCAGGCACAUUUAUGGAGUGACCUUCAAUACUUAGUUGAGUUUGGCGGUCGUCGCCAACCACCAUGACUGAGCACUUAUGCCAAGAAAGAGAAAUGCGCCAUGUGCGGCACCACUGGGCGAAAGCCUGUAGAUCGCUCUUUAGGAGAUCAAGCACGAUGUCACGAUCUGCCGGCUUAUAUCGAUAUGCAACUUUAAGAUCAUCGGCAUACAUGAAAGGCCUACCAAUCUGAAAUAAAUCGGGUACAUCAUUAACGAAAAGGCAAAAUAGAAGGGGGCCGAGUACACUACCCUGAAUGACUCCACUCCUCACACAUGUGGGGUUGGAGAUGGUAUUGGAAAUCUCAGCUCGUUGUGUGCGAGUGCCCAAAUAAAAGGAUAUAAAAUUCAAAAGUUUGCCACCUAUUCCGAAAGAGGACAAUUUAAAGAGAAGAAGAGUAUGAUCAACACGGUCAAAAGCCUUAGUGAAAUCGAAAUAUACUAUGUAAAGAGCAAAACCAUGGUCCCUAGAUUGGAGAACAUAGUCAAAGAAAGAGAGUUGACAGGUGUCACAAGAUCGAGCUUUGAGGAAUCCAUGCUGAGCAACACUCAGUAUGUUAUUCGCUGUUAAGUGACACAUCAUCUUAUCCUUGAUCAAUGUCUCUAAGAUCUUCGAAACUGCGGGGAGGGUGUUUAUUGGCCGAAAGUCAUCAAAUGAUGUAGAUUUGCCGUGCUUAGGAAUGGGCAAAAUGUGUGAUUCCUUCCACAAGGUAGGAUAAGUAUCACAUUCAAGAGCGAGAUUAAAUAUCUUGCAUAAGAGGGAUGGGAAAAUCGUGUUUGCAUCGGCUUUUAAAAUGCUUACUGGGACACCAUCAGGGCCUGGACUAUAAGAUUGACGAAAACGCCGAAUCGCAACAGUUACAUCGCACAGAGUGAAAGUUAUAGUUUCUAGAACUGCUCCGGUCAACGACUGGAUGGUCGGGAGCGGAGUGGUCGAGUCUUCAAUAAACGUUUUGGACAGGAAAUCAUUGAAGCUAUCCGCGGUUAACUGGGCAUCAACUAUGGUAUUUCCGAGAUCGUCUCGAAGGAUGGGAUACUGAGUCUUCCUCUGAGUUCGUAUUUUUCUAGAGAAAGGUUUCGAGACAUUUAACGAAUGGUUUUCGGUAAACCGGACCUCUUCGACUAGCUGUUUUUCUUCAGACAAUCUCUUAGCUCGAUCAAAAAUAUCACAAAUCAAGUGCAGAACAGAAACAUCGUUCUGCAGAUGGAAACGACGAUAAAGUCUGCGCAAUCUGCGACGAAAGUGUAAGGGUAGGAAAACCUCAUCCUCAACAUUAAUAAUUUUCUUACGGGGGACAAAACGAGAAAUAAGCGCAUCCAAAAUUUCGUACAGAUUUGCAGUGCAAACAUUCACAUCCGAACUAAGGAAGAAUUCAGUCCAGUCGUAGGAAUUAAUGUGUGUUAAUAAUUCGGUUGAGCGAGUUGAUCGGAAAUUGCGGAAAAAGUUAUACUUCUGGGACGACAUUUCGUCAGCCUCGAAUUCCAACGUUGAAACAACUAUGUCAUUGUCUGAGCCCCCAGUGGGCCUAGGGAUGACACUGACGAUGGCAAGCAGCCUCUACAGAAAAUUAGGUCAAGUAUACUUGAGCCUCGGUGGGAAAAUCGACAACCUGAAUCCACAUCCCAACAUCUACAGCCUCAAGAAAGUCAUCGAACUUUCUGGAGCCUGAAGGCGGAGACCAGCGGACUUCGGGGAGAUUAAAGUCACCCGCAACCAAUUGAUACUUAAAGCUUAAGUCGGUCGCAGCAUGAAAUGUCUGUGAGAGUAAACGAUCAAAAUUGUCAUUGGCGUUGGGAGGGCGAUAGACGCAGCCAACGAGUAAGGAGAACUUAUUUUUUGGUGCAGCCUGGAGCCAGCAGCUGCCUUCUACUGCUGAAAAGUGCGGGAGGUCAUGCGGCAAAAAUGUAAGUGUUUGCUUAACGUAGACGCAGCUGCCCCCACCACGGCUAUCUUGGCGAUCAUUUCGAAUGCAAUUGUAGCCUAAAAGAGAGAGUUCGGAGUCAGCUACUGAGGCUGAUGCCCACGUCUCAGUUACUAAAACAAUAUCAGGACAAUGGACGAACACCUGAGUCUGAAGCAAAGGCAUCUUAUUAAGCAAGGAUCUGGCAUUUAAAACAAAAAGUUUGAAGGGAAAGGCUGUUAGUUUUUAAGGGAGGUGGGCUACGUCGUCCAGUUCUGGGCUGCCCACGGGGCAAACGGUCCGGAUGCAACCAUCCGGUUCUGCAAAAAAUUUUGUGGCAUCGAAAAAUUCUGACGUGGAUAAAAAGGCGUAGGACUUGGGGGAGGGAAUGACGGGCAGGUAAACUGGUAACUAUUGUUAGCUAACUUAUUUUCAGCUGGAAAUCCGCGGGGCAGAUACUGCAACGUAUUCCCGCCGGAACGAAACUGAGGAUAGGAUGAAUUAACUGAUUCAGUAUGGACAUUAUCAUGAGGAAUAAAUUGGUAAAACGGCCGUGGUGGAAACAGGUUAGGGGGUGGGGGACGCAUUGUUUCCAUUGGAACAAGAGGUCUAUUAAACGGUGGGAAAAUCGGCAUAUUCGGCCUAACUGCCUCGAUAUAAGGGCUGGGGGGCAGUUGGGAACACGGUACGUUUUGAAACGGGGUAUUUGAGGCACUGUUCGCCGAUUGUGGAGGAAAAGAUCUUACAAUGGUGCUGGAUUUAUCGGGUGUCCGAGUGGCUGAGACAGCAAUUGAAUUUGCCUUUGACUUAGACACAUGCUUAGGCUUACUAGGGGUUGCUGGGGGAGUCGAUAGAGGCGUGUUUAUACCAGGCGUGGUGGUGUGUUUAAAGAGGUCAGCAUUAAAAGUAGUCGAACUCCCUACGGAAUUGACUAUGCCGUGACUUGCAGAUGCCGCAGGUGGUGUUGUAGAGGACAUAUUCAGACUGACAGUAGGUGUCAUUAUCUUAGUGUUGGUUUUUGCCGAUUUUAGUUUAUUCAGUCUUCUCUGCAGGGGUGUGAGGUCUGGCGAAACGGAGCAGCGCCAUUUACGGCAGAAGUCUCUAGUCAUCUCCCUACUCGACAAGAUAAAAUCGACUUCUAUCAUGGAGAAAAGGGCAACUAGUAUCGGCGCAUUACGACUAAGCGAGCGAAGUCGCUUAGCUUGUGCGACACUAAAACUCAAGCCACAACUUUGUAGGAACAAAUGCGCUCCCUCCAUAGCAGAUAAGUGGCUCGGAAUGUUUCGCAGUACGAAAUUAUGCUUGCGUUUACUUCGUUCCUCAGUUUCCGAACUUAUUACCCCAACAAGUUUAAAAGCUUGUUCAAGCACUUUUUCAGAAGUGCUGUUUAUGUCGCCAUAAAUCAGCUGAUCGAUUAUUCCGCCGGCUGAUGGUCUGCUACGACUAGCAGAGGCGUAUUUUUGGACGACUGAAGGGUCGAGAGGUUCUACAUGUACUAAAGGAAUUUGUGAGUUAAUCAGAUCUGCAGACGGCGAAGAACAUACGCUGGCGUCUGCCAUGUCUUCAGUCACGAUUUUAGCACCCAGAGACGGUGGGGAGGCCGCAAGCUUUCGCCUUUUAGCACGUGCUCUGCGGGGCAUUACAGACAAAAAAGUUUUUCGUUACAGAAGAAGGAUCAAAACGUUUCCAACGUACGGAAAAGCGCACUGAAUAGCAAGUAUUACUGUUAUUUAACUACAAAAACUAGAGAGCGGUAGUAGGGAAAGGAUUCACUACAAUGGAUUUUUUACAAAAUACGACUAUUUUGCCAGACUGUCAAACAAAACUGGGAAAAAAUUUUACCUUAUAUUGAAAGGCGACUUUUAAAAGGGACUCAAGUAAAAAAACAGGCAUGAAUUACUUAAGAAUAUCCAGGUAAAUGCAGAGCUUCACUUAUCUUUGAAAUUGAGCUGCGCGCCUUGAUUUGCCCUUUUCUCCUUCGUACCUAAAAUGUGCUGGCACCACGUUUGUCCAACUUCUGAAAUGAACGAAGAUAGUGUUUGAAUUGUUAACAACGCAAAGACUUAUUCACGUGGCAAUUGUCGGUUUGUAUUUCCACAGAAUAGAAAAGAGACUGAUCAUGGAUUCCUAGUUGUACUUCACAAAUAUGAGCAGCAAAUGUUGACUAGUUAUGAGUAAAUAUGAACUCAAUAACAGGUAGUGAAGAUAGUUCAGCCGGUUGUCACCCUUAAACGGAGGAAUAGCAAAAACGAAACUUAGGCAUAUUCUUCUGUAGACAGAAUCGUUGUUUUCCCAGUUCCAAACACUCCCGAUGGUCUAUUCGAUGGGGCUGGUGGACACGGUUCUGCCUGGUCAACAGAUUAUCACUUCUGUGCUAUGAUUGAUUUCAGAAGGCGUAGGACUACAUGCAAAUUUUUUUUAUUUGAGGUGUCUCCAGUACUCAUGUUAUUAGAAUUCACAAUCAUUUUAGGGACCAGGUUAGGUUUACGUCUAGGGUUUGGGGUUGGGGUUAUGGUAAGGCUAGUCAGUCAGUCAGUCAGUCAGUCUUAGGAAGUCAUUCGACACCCACAUUCUACAACUCGCAUCUACGCCUUACACCUGCUUGGUCACACUAUUUGGCGGUUAAUUUUCCACGACCUUGACGGGUCAGUGGUCAAUAUGUAACGACCGACUGCUUAAAACGGACCUCUUGUUUCCUGCCCUCCCCUUUCAGAAAUCGGGUUAUGUGGGCACGAGCCGACGCCCUUCGCCGCACUCGCUGCUAA